GAGUUUCAUGGAGUAAUGAGAUUCUACUUUCAAGACAAAGCAGCUGGAAAUUUUGCAACAAAAUGUAUCCGUGUCUCUAGUACUGCCACAACUCAAGAUGUGAUAGAAACUCUUGCAGAGAAGUUUCGUCCAGACAUGCGAAUGUUGUCAUCCCCUAAAUACUCACUUUAUGAGGUGCAUGUCAGCGGAGAAGAAAGAAGAUUAGAUGUAGAUGAGAAGCCUCUUGUUGUACAAUUAAACUGGAACAAAGAUGAUCGAGAGGGAAGAUUUGUUCUCAAGAAUGAAAAUGAUACGCUUCCUCCAAAGAAAGCUCAGAGUAAUGGCCCUGAAAAACAAGAAAAGGAAGGAGUAAUUCAGAAUUUCAAACGCACUCUUUCAAAAAAAGAAAAAAAAGAAAAGAAGAGGCGUGAAAAAGAGGCGUUGCGUCAAGCAUCAGAAAAAGAUGAUAGACUUCUUCACGGGGAUGAUAUUGAGAAUUCUCGCCUUGCAGCUGAGGUUUACAAAGAUAUGCCUGAGACCAGCUUCACUCGCACAAUAUCCAAUCCCGAGGUGGUUAUGAAACGGCGGCGACAGCAAAAACUGGAGAAGAGAAUGCAGGAAUUUCGCAGUUCCGAUGGCAGACCUGACUCAGGUGGGACACUGAGAAUUUAUGCAGACAGUUUAAAACCAAAUAUACCGUACAAGACAAUCCUGCUGUCCACUACGGAUACUGCGGACUUUGCAGUUAUUGAAGCCCUGGAAAAAUAUGGUCUGGAGAAGGAAAAUCCCAAGGAUUAUUGUAUAGCUCGUGUCAUGCUGCCUCCUGGUGCUCAGCACUCUGAUGAUAAAGGUGCUAAAGAAACUAUUCUUGAUGAUGAUGAGUGUCCACUGCAAAUAUUCAGGGAGUGGCCUAGUGAUAAAGGAAUACUAGUCUUUCAGUUGAAAAGGCGGCCGCCUGAUUAUAUCCCAAAGAAAUCCAAGAAAAUAACUGAUGGAAAGCCAUUAAAGGGGAAGGAAAGAGUUGACGGGUCUGGCUAUGGCUCUUGCCUUCCUCCUGAGAAACUACCAUACCUGGUAGAAUUAAGCCCAGGGAGAAGGAAUCACUUUGCCUACUACAACUAUCACGCUUACGAAGAUGGUUCUGACUCCAGAGAUAAGCCAAAGCUCUAUCGUCUACAAUUAAGUGUCACUGAAGUUGGAACUGAAAAAUUUGAUGACAAUUCCAUUCAGUUAUUUGGUCCAGGAAUUCAGCCUCAUCACUGUGACCUCACUAAUAUGGAUGGAGUUGUUACUGUAACCCCGAGAAGCAUUGAUGCUGAAACCUACGUGGAAGGUCAGCGUAUUUCAGAAACCACUAUGCUGCAGAGCGGAAUGAAGGUUCAGUUUGGGUCAUCUCAUGUAUUUAAGUUUGUGGAUCCCACUCAGGACCAUAUUAUUCCUAAAAGACCCAUUGAUUCAAGUCUUAUGGUCAAAGGUCCAAGACACAAAACUGGAGCUGUUCAGGAAACCACGUUUGAUCUGGAGGGAGACGUUCACAGUGGUACAGCAUUACCAGCAAGCAAGAGCACCAGCAGGCUUGAUGGUGACAGGACAUCAUCAGCAUCCAGCACAGCCGAACGAGGAAUGGUGAAGCCGAUGAUUAGGAUAGAACAGCAGCAGGAUUACCGCAGACAGGAAAGCAGACCUCAGGAUACCCAUGGACCAGAACUGAUACUACCUGCAAGUAUUGAAUUCAGGGAAAGCUCUGAAGAUGCCUUCUUGUCUGCCAUUAUAAAUUACACAAAUAGCUCCACAGUUCAUUUUAAGCUGUCACCUACGUAUGUUUUGUAUAUGACAUGUCGGUAUGUAUUGUCAAGCCAGUACAGACCUGACAUCACUCCUACUGAGCGUACUCACAAAGUCAUUGCAAUAGUCAACAAGAUGGUGAACAUGAUGGAAGGAGUUAUACAGAAACAGAAGAAUAUUGCUGGGGCACUUGCCUUUUGGAUGGCAAAUGCAUCUGAAUUACUGAAUUUCAUAAAGCAGGACCGAGAUCUCAGCCGAAUUACUGUGGACGCACAAGAUGUUUUGGCACACUUGGUUCAAAUGGCAUUCAAGUACCUGGUUCAUUGUCUGCAGUCAGAGCUUAAUAACUACAUGCCGGCAUUUUUUUUUCUUGAUGAUCCAGAGGAAAAUAAUCCUCAGAGGCCUAAAAUAGAUGAUGUGCUGCAUACAUUGACUGGAGCGAUGUCCCUCUUGCGACGAUGUAGAGUGAAUGCUGCUCUGACUAUACAGCUCUUCUCCCAGCUGUUUCAUUUUAUCAACAUGUGGCUUUUUAACAGAUUAGUUACAGCCCCAGAUUCAGGGUUAUGUUCACAUUAUUGGGGAGCUAUUGUUCGUCAACAGUUGGGCCAUAUUGAAGCCUGGGCCGAAAAGCAGGGUUUAGAAUUGGCUGCUGAUUGCCACCUGAGCAGAAUAGUGCAGGCAACCACGCUGCUUACCAUGGACAAAUAUUCACAUGCAGAUGUUCCAAAUAUUAACAGUACUUGCUUUAAACUGAAUUCUCUGCAGCUACAAGCUUUGCUGCAGAAUUAUCACUGUGCUCCAGAUGAACCACUCAUCCCAACAGAAUUGAUAGAGAAUGUAGUAACUGUGGCAGAAAAUACGGCUGAUGAACUUGCUCGCAGCGAUGGCCGUGAAGUUCAGCUGGAAGAGGAUCCUGACUUACAGCUGCCUUUUCUUUUACCAGAAGAUGGCUAUUCCUGCGAUGUCGUCAGAAAUGUUCCAAGUGGUUUACAAGAAUUUUUAGAUCCACUCUGUCAGAGGGGUUUUUGUAGACUAACACCUCAUCCACGGUCACCAGGCACAUGGACAAUAUACUUUGAAGGUGCAGACUACGAGAGUCACCUGUCACAUGAGAAUGCUGAGCUAGCUCAGCCGUUGAGGAAAGAACCUGAAAUUAUCACUGUAACACUAAAAAAACAGAAUGGAAUGGGCCUGAGCAUUGUUGCUGCCAAGGGUGCUGGUCAAGACAAACUUGGAAUAUAUGUCAAGUCUGUUGUGAAAGGAGGUGCUGCAGAUGUGGAUGGUCGUCUGGCUGCAGGGGAUCAGUUGCUGAGUGUGGAUGGUCGAAGUUUGGUGGGCCUGUCCCAGGAAAGGGCAGCAGAACUCAUGACUAGGACAGGUUCUGUAGUAACACUAGAAGUAGCAAAACAAGGAGCAAUUUACCAUGGUCUGGCAACCCUGCUGAAUCAACCAUCCCCAAUGAUGCAAAGAGUCUUUGACCGCCGUGGCUCAGGUAAACCCCGACCAAAGAGUGAAGGUUUUGAGCUGUAUAACAACUCCACUCAAAAUGGGUCACCCGAGAGCCCUCAGCUGCCAUGGACGGAGUACAGCGAACCAAAGAAGCUGCCAGGGGAUGACAGAUUAAUGAAGAACAGAGCUGAUCAUCGCUCCAGUCCCAAUGUAGCAAAUCAGCCUCCAAGCCCCGGGGGAAAGAAUGCUUAUGCAUCUGGAACUACCACCAAAAUAACCUCAGUCUCCACUGGAAAUCUUUGUACAGAGGAACAGACUCUGCCCCCACGACCUGAAGCUUAUCCCAUCCCAACACAGACCUACACUAGAGAGUAUUUCACAUUCCCAGCUUCGAAGUCCCAGGAUCGAAUGGGUCCAGCUCAGAGUCAGUGGCCAAAUUAUGAAGAAAAACCACAAGUCCAGGCAGAAAGUAAUCAUUCGAUCAAUUCUACAAUGCAGCGUGUGGCUCGUUCCCAGGAAGAAUUACGAGAUAAAGUUUUCCAGCCAGAAAGGAAUCGUUUGGAAGUUGUUAUACGGAAGGAUGUGGAGUACAUCGAUCGGAAGUCGGACAGCGAUCAGUGGAUUAAUUCGUCCGUGGAUUCUAGCACAUCUAGCCAAGAACACCUGAACCAUUCGUCUAAACCGGUCUCGCCUGGCUCUUGUUUAGCUAAAAGUGGACCUGGCCGUUGGAAAACUCCAGCUACUAGCCAGCCAACUCCAGUGGCCAUUUCCCAGCCCAUCAGAACAGAUCUUCCCCCUCCACCGCCACCGCCUCCAGUGCAUUAUGCAGCUGAAUUUGAUGAACUCCAAAUGGAUUUGCCUCUGCCUCCCCCUCCUCCUCCAAACCAGAUAGGAGCACAAGCAUCUUCCCAGGUAGCCGCUGCUGAGCGUAAAAAAAGGGAAGAGCAUCAGAGGUGGUAUGAGAAGGAAAAGGCACGCUUAGAAGAAGAACGAGAGAGGAAACGUCGUGAACAGGAGAGAAAACUGGGCCAAAUGCGUUCUCAGCCGCUAAUUCCUGCACAGCCUGUGGUUCCCCCUGUUUCCCUUCAACAAGUGAAGUCGGAAAAGCCUUCGACAUUGCAGAGGUCUCAAGAAACGGUCAUUCGAGAGCUGCAGCCCCAGCAGCAACCUCGGACUAUUGAGCGGAGAGAUCUGCAGUACAUUACUAUCAGCAAGGAAGAACUGUCCUCUAGCGAUAGCCUCUCUCCCGAUCCCUGGAAACGGGAUGCGAAGGAGAAACUGGAGAAGCAGCAGCAGAUGCACAUUGUGGACAUGCUGAGUAAAGAGAUUCAGGAACUUCAGAACAAGCCCGAUCGCACAGCGGAAGAAAACGACCGCCUGCGCAAGCUCAUGCUUGAGUGGCAGUUCCAAAAGCGGCUUCAGGAAUCAAAGCAAAAGGACGAAGAUGAUGAUGAAGAGGAGGAUGAUGAUGUGGAUACUAUGCUCAUCAUGCAGCGACUGGAAGCAGAAAGAAGAGCAAGGGAUGAAGAACGCAGACGGCAGCAACAGUUGGAAGAAAUGCGCAAACGGGAAGCAGAGGACAGGGCCAGGCAGGAAGAAGAGCGCCGACAGCAAGAGGAGGAGCGGACCAGAAGAGAGGCUGAAGAAAAGAGGCGACAGGAAGAGGAGUAUUACAGUCGCUUAGAGGCCGAAAGGCGCAGGCAGCACGAUGAAGCAGAACGAAGAUUGCUGGAACCUGACGAGCCUGGUCUGUACAGACCUCCACUUCCACGGGAAUAUGAACUCCCAUCCCCAACCCCUUCAUCUAACGCUCCUCCUCCCCCACCUCAGCGAAACACCUCUUACCUCAAAACACAGGUCCUCUCCCCUGACACGAUUUAUACUGCCAAGUUUGUUGCAUACAAUGAUGAUGAUGAGGAGGAGGAGGAUUCCAAUCUAGCAGGAAUAAAUUCAUACACUGGAUCUACGGGAGCAGCUGUUGGGGCCCAUGAAGUUUAUCGGGAUCCAAGAGACAAAAGAUCUAAAAGUCAAGAUACGGAUUUACCUGGAGCACCAGAAAACUUGACGUUCCGGGAACGCCAGCGACUCUUUUCACAGGGUCAGGAUGUAUCCAAUAAAGUAAAAGCUUCUAGGAAAUUGAUGGAACUGGAAAACGAGUUGAACACAAAGUAAGAUUGAAGCACCUUACCGGAUGUAACUGAAGACCUCUAAAUUGAGGGAUUGAGAUGGGGGGCGCACGCUACUAAUGAACAGAAAAUGAAUGUUUUCUGAAAGGAGUGACUUUGAUUCCUCUCUAUCUAAGACUGUUAAUUAAGACUUAGAGAUGUUGCAAUAGCAAGAAAACUGAUUACUUUGCCAGGAGCUUGUGGUUUAUACAAUGAAAGCACUGUAAAAUUUUAAAGAUAUGAAUUACGUGAAGGUUACUUUUGUUUUCUUUCUGUUUUGGGGGUUAAGUUCUUGUGCACCAGACCAAGUAGCACUUGUCCAAGAUAAGUUCUGUUUCCUGGUGUUUUACAGACACACUUUUGUUUUAGCUGCUGAGCAGAGAGAGUGAGAAUAGCCUGAACUGCCUAAACUAAACUGUGCACUAGAAACUAGGAUUUUAGGUUGUUCGAUGAGAAGCCAAUAGCUGGGCCACCUUAAAUAAGACUUUAUACUCAAGUCUGACCUACGACGUGGUGUUCGUACAAUGAUCAGUGCGGAUCUGGCCCUCACUUAGUGCUGGAAUAACACACGCUCUGUAGGGAGAACCUUGAAAUAAAAACGUUUCUAGUCCUGCGUAUCUGUUGGGUCU